CAGUGCGUGUGGUUGUAUGGAGAAGAACGUCAGAAUAACUCGCAACUUUUUGUCGUACUUCAGCGUAAUUUAAAACCAUUUAUUCGCACGAUCUAAUGAUAUGCACAUCUGAUAUAUGGAUUAAUUAAUUUACGAAAGAAUUGGUGCGAAUCAGGAGUUACACGCAUAAAUGGACUCGACAGAUAUACCUUCUACCAUACCAGUCAAUGAAAACAUUGUAAAUGACAAACCAGUCUGCAUCCACUGGUUCAGGCAUGGUCUGCGUCUUCACGACAAUCCCGCCCUUCUUGAUGCAGUAGAGGACUGUGGCGAGUUGUAUCCAAUCUUCAUUUUUGAUGGUGAAGUGGCAGGCACUCGUACAGCAGGUUAUAACCGGAUGCGUUUCCUAUUGGAGAGCCUGCAUGACCUGGAUGACCACUUCAGCAAUGAGGGUGGACGUCUGUUCGUCUUCACGGGAAAUGUGCUAACAACACUAUCUAAUCUGUUCAAGGAAUGGUCAGUUUCAAAGCUGACGUUUGAUGCGGACGUGGAAGCGAUCUGGCACGAGAGGGACACACAAGUGCGGCGUCUCUGUGAGAAGUACAAUGUUGAAUGUGUCGAGAAGGUCUCUCAUGUACUCUGGGAUCCUGAAGAAAUUUUAAAGAACAACGGCGGCACUCCCCCACUGACCUACUCCCUGUUCAAUCUAGUAGCGACGGCGGUAGGUGACCCCCCGAGGCCGGUAGAUGCCCCUGACCUAUCAAAAGUCACUUUCAACGUUAAAAGCGACCAUGAAAAAUUGUUUGGCAUUCCUGAUUCCGCCUCACUUGGUGUGUUUGCUGAGAGUGAAGAACAGAAUCAGCGCUUUAAUAUCUGGACAGGUGGUGAGUCAAAGGCUCUGGAACUGUUCCAGUACAGAAUGAAGGUUGAGGAGAUGGCGUUCAGUUGUGGUAAUGUGAUGCCGAAUCAGGCAUUUCCAAACAUUGCAGGGCCUCCACUCAGUAUGAGUGCCCAUCUGAGGUUCGGAUGUCUCUCCAUACGUAAAUUAUACUGGGGCCUCAGGGAUGCUUAUCUGAAGCUAAACCCAGGGAAGGCAUUCACAGUAUCUGCGAUCGGUCAGCUGAUGUGGCGGGAGUACUUCUACAUGAUGUCUGUGAACAACAAGAACUACGACAAGAUGGAAAGCAACCCAAUCUGCCUGAACAUUCCCUGGUAUGAGGAUAAGGAAAAACUGAGGAGAUGGGAACAGGGAGAGACAGGUUACCCAUGGAUUGAUGCGAUCAUGAAGCAGCUGAAAAACGAGGGCUGGAUUCACCAUGUGUGUCGUCACGCGACAUCCACGUUCCUAACCCGCGGGGAUCUCGGACUCUCUUGGGAGGAUGGACUAAAGGUGUUUGACAAGUACCUGAUUGAUGCUGAUUGGUCAGUUAAUGCUGGAAACUGGAUGUGGAUGUCUAGUUCCGCAUUUGAGAAAGUUCUCCAGUGUCCAAAGUGUUUUUGCCCUGUGCGGUAUGGACGCAAGAUGGACUCUAAUGGCGUCUAUGUCAGACGUUACCUGCCAGUGUUGAAGGACAUGCCCAUACGUUACCUUUUUGAGCCUUGGAAGGCCCCAAGGUCGGUCCAGGAGAAGGCUGGCUGUAUUAUUGGCGUAGACUACCCGGAGCCCAUGGUGGACCACAGAAAGGCUUCCAAGGAUUGCUACAACAUGAUGAGCGAGGUCAAGAUGAAACUGGCAGCCUCAGGCAAAGAAUUAGAGCACUGUGGUCCAGCCAACUCUGACGAGGUUAGCAAGUUUGUCUGGCUGCCCGGGACACACAAAGGAAACUGCUCCUCGGGCAAUGAGGAGCUAAGCGAAGCAAUACUCUGUGACGGACUCAUGGGAAUGAGCCCACAGAUGAAACGGGGGCCUGGCAGGUGUGGCGGGGAUGAUUCCAACUAAAUAGAGGUUACCUGUAUUGCUACUGCAGUGAGCUCCGGAAUGUUGAGAGAGAAUUGCUGGGUGUUUAAGGAUAUGAUGGAGGUUGCGAUGGAGAGUUUUUAAAAACAGAAUUGGAUUAAGUUGUGAAAUUAGGGUGCAAAUAUUUUUAAAAUGAUGUUUAAUGCAGACAACAUUUCAUGAUCUCUCUUUAAUUAUUACUCAGGGAAAAUAUCUGUACAUCUCCUUUAGUUAACUCUUUAUUGACAUUUCCGUCUUCUGGUGAUUGGCAACAUAUUUGGCUAUCUUUUACAUUUUCACUUCAUUUCCAGUAUGACAUCAUUCCAUCAUUAUACAUCUAUCCAAUGUCUUAACAUUUUACAUUAGAACUCUUUUAUUCGAAUUUUGAAAAAUCCUCUUUGUUGAAACAUUAAUUAACUGAGUUAACUGCAGAAUUUGGAUAAAUAAUCUAUUUUAGUUUAUUAUAAUUUACUUAUUCCUAAUUGUGAUAAACUUAGUGAAUGCAAUCAUGCAAAUUUUCUUGGGUUUGAAAGCUAGCCGUAUAGUUUUCAUACAGCAUGAAGCAACGAAAAAUGUGAUAGUUACAUAAGUAUUAUAUCUUCUGUUUAAACGAUUAUUGCUCUUUUCAUUUUUAUUUUGUAUGUUGUUGUUGUUUUGAAUUAAAGUGGAGAUAUUGUCAUGGAAAGGGGAUAUUGUCACCUUGUCAACAUGUGCGCAGCCAUAGAAUCUCUUGGUCAUAUUGUUAUAGAAUUAUCAUCCCUAUGCCUAUACUAUAGAUUUUGUAAUUCAAUCUUGAUUAUAUUUCAGUUUUUGAAGACACAGCUUCAAAAACAACAAUUGUUUCAUAAAUAUGCUUUAUGAUAAUUAUGUAUCAGUUAUCAUUAAUAUUUUGAAUUUUAUGUGAUAUUUCAUAUGCAAGCUUAUUAAAUUUUUUACAGUUUUACCUAUUUUGUCACAUAAUUAUGCAAUGCUGCUGAGUUUGGUCAAAUGACCACGGGAAAAUAUAGUAAUACGUAUUUCUCAAUAGCAAGGUGAUUUGGCCUUUUAUGAUCUUUUUUUUUAAAUUUCAAACACAUGAAAUUGGUGAACGGAAGAAAACAUAAAAUAUUAUUGCAACAAAAUAUAAUUUCAUUUUCUUACAUCUUAUUAAAUCUGAUGGGGCAUUCUGCAAUAUUUCAUUUCACUGAUGAUAUCACGCUUCUUUACAUAUUUCGAAAGCAUUUAUUAUUUUUUAACCCAUAAUGUAGGGUGUAAUUUAAAAUUAUAUUGUUAUGUACUAUAUGUAUAUUCUUUGUUGUACACGUGCCUUGGCCGGUAUUGAAUAAAA